AUGGCGUUAUCCAUAUAUGCAAUAUGUUUGUCUGGCAGUAGUAUGCAGAUGCAUUUCAUCAUAUUUUUAUUACGUAAGAUUUUAAAUUUCAUUUUCCUACAGGAUGGAUAUUCAGUGUUGGAAGUAAAUAAAGAUGAUUAUGAUAAGUGCAACACAGAAAAUCCAAUCAAGAAAAUGGAAGAUGGAAACUCUGUUUUCAAAUUUGAUCGUUCGGGUCCUUUUUAUUUUAUUAGUAGUAAUAAGGGUAAGUGUAAAGAAGGACAAAAGAUGGCUAUUGUUGUUCUAGCUGUUAGACCACAACCUCCUUCUCCGGCUCCAGAGGCUCAUGAAGGAUCAUCCACACACGUUUCACCGUCACCAAAAGGGGAUCCGAGUUCUGAUUCUCCUACAGGUAAAACCACGGUAGCAUCUCCCAUGGCCCAUGCACCUGAAAAGGCUCAAAAAGGGGUGUCACUUGUCCCUACAGGUUCUCACUCAUCGACUACGGGCCAUGCACCAGGAAAGGCACCAACACCGUUGCACGUGCCUCGAGGAAUUAGCUUACACCCACCUCUAACGACUCAUUCUCCAGGGGUUGCUCCAACAUUGGCAUCGCCUGUUCCAACUAGUUCUCACUCAUCUCCAGCAUCCAGUGCACCCGAAAAGGCCCCAUCACCAGAAUCGUCUCAUGUGCCUUCUAGUUCCCAUUUAGCUCCGACGGCUCACGUGCCUACAAAGGCUCCCACACCGACAUCGUCGCAUGUGUCACAUUUAUCUCCUAUGGCUCAUGCACCAGGAAAGGUUCCAAGUGGUGUGUCCAUUUCCCCUGCUGGCUCCCACUUAUCUCCAGCAGCACAUGCACCCGAAAAGGCUCAAACACCUGCAUUGUCGCAUGUGUCCCAAAGUCCAAGUUCACACCAAUCUCGAGCAGCUCAUGCACCAGCCAAGACUCCAAUUGGGGCGUCACCAGUUCCUGCUAGCUCCCACGCAUCUCCAAUUGCUCAUGCACCUGGUAAGGCGCCAAAACCGUCAUCACUGAAUCUGCCUCGAGGUAUUGGUUCUCAAUCACCUUCCUCUAGCUGGUUUGUAAUAUAUGAAUGA